GGGCAUGUUCAUGUUUCAUUUCAUGUAGUCGCGUAGUCGCAAUUUGCAAUUUCGUUCGUGUGACAGGUUUCAUAACCUGAAUAGUCGUCAAAUUUAACGAUUUAAUAUUUCUUUUCGCGGGGCAGAGCGACGCUUUUUUUCUGCUAGAUUCUUUCCUUUCGUGUAAAAACGUGUAGAUUGAGCAUAAUUUCAUCAGUAUUGGAGCUGAUGUUAUUAAUCCCAUUUUGACAGGAUGUUCUGUCUCCUGCAAACUGAUAAACAUCUCUGCAAUGUGGCAGAAAUUGUAUAGUGUUCUAACGUUACCAAUGGAGACCAAAGUGACCAGUAAAACCAGCAGCUUGAAAGCUCUCUUGCUACGAGCUUGGCGAGAACGCUGGACUGAUUUGCAAUGGGGUAUUAAUAUCAAAACGAUUUUGCCAAGAGGAGUGAGUGGUGAUGUAUAUAACUUAGCAGAUUGUAUAUUACAACAAGCGUUAGUGGGACCAGGCCCUAAUCAGUUAGUACUGUCUUAUCUGAAGCACUCGUUAAGUUCUCAGCUAGUGUCAUAUGCUGCAGUGUUGCAGCGAAUAAGUAAAUAUGAUGCUUUUCACAAGCCCCAUUGCAUCGUGAGCUUGCUGGAGUUCUUGGAGUCUAUACAAGUUGGUAUCACGUGCCGCGGUAAACCAGAGGAAGAUCUCUUGGCAGCGGCAGUCCUGUCUAUUGUACAUUGGCUUCUACAAUGUUACCUGCACACCUUGACAAAGGCGCCCCAGAGUAAUCCUCUCACUCCGCAUCCGAGCGAGCUCGUAGACAAACCUGCUAGUAUUUUGCAACAGAUGCUGAAUUCGGACUUUUUGUGCGCGAUGAUGUAUCUGGCUAAAUACGAUGACAAAGAUCUAUACAUAGAAGUUGUGAAGAAAUGCCAGGAGAUCGAGACAUUAUUGAAGACGAGCACUCAAAAGUCCGUGGUACCGAUAGAGGAUUCACUGAAAAAGUUAUGCAAUCUGGAGAUCGAAAGUCUCUGCCCUGAAAAAAUGAAAAUGGAGUCUAUUACACAUUGUCUGCAGCCACUCUUAGCCGUUCAAGUGUUACUGAAUCCUAGUACCGAGACAACCGUGUUCGUCAACCAGCUGCUGAUGGUGCAGAGAUUAAAGUGCUAUACAAAUGCACGGCUUUACUGCGAGAUUAUCCGCGCCUGUCUGAUGUGCCUGCACAACGUACAGCAAACGGUCCAAGAGUCACAGUGGGGAGCCUUCACAUUUUUAAAGAUGCCUCAGAUAUUGAAGGAAUUGCAUGUGACUAAUCUGAAUGGUGAUGAAAAGUUUGAAUACUCGCAAGAUAUUCUGGAUGCAUUCGAGUUGCUCUAUCAGUUCAUGCCUCUGCUCGACAAAAUGGAUACCUCAUUCAACUCAUGCAAUUACAUAGAUUGCUUGCUGAGUGAAUUGCAGAAGGUAAACCUUGUGACAGAAAAGCAAGCGAAGCAAAUAGGCGCUAGGAGGGAGGGGACAACUUCGUCGUCAUCAAUUCCGAAGGUAAUUGUACAAGCAGGGCAGACACUUAACGGGAUCUUGAGGACACUGAACGCCGAAUCUUACGUAAAAAUACAGGAGGGUUUAUUGAGCGUGCUGUAUCAAGUCGUAACAGGGAAGAGCUUCGAAUUGAUGCUAGCCGUGGCAACCGUGGAGGGAGAACUGAAGACUUUCGUCACGAAACUCAUCAAGUUUAACGAAUAUAGUAAACAGAUCAACGAGCCUGUACCUGAUAAGGCAGCAGCGACGAAAGCAAUGUUGUUCGAUGUAUCGUUUCUUAUGUUGUGUUAUAUAGUGCAAACGUAUGGCUCUGAGGUUGUCCUGGAGGAAGGUGGAGAUUCAUUCUUUGAGCAAUGGGCACGCGAAUGCAUGCCAGAACGGAACAAACUAAAAUCGCCACAGAGGAUGCUACAGAGUGUCGACCCGGCGAGAGUGGACGCUCUGCUGGUGCAGAUUAACUCGCCAGAUCCCGAUUUCAAAUCGAACAACUUAAAAUGGCACGUUGCAUGCCAGUCGGCGAUGGGCGCGGUGAAGGAAUUGCUCUGCGCGUGGGAAAGUGGGGUGCUGGGUGCCGGCGACGUCAAGAGAGCCCUGGAUGGUUUGCGAGCGACGGCUUGCUGCUUGCCGGUCUGUGCUGCCGCUUGGAUAUGCGCAUACAUGAGCAUCACACAUCAGGACGCUUUGCUGAAACCCAUGAACAUGGUUCAGCACUUCUUGACGCCAUUGCCGGGUGACGAAAUGCAGGAAAAUCUGAAAGACAGAUCCAGUUUAAUGGUCCAUAUUAUUCGGAAAAUGCAAUACGACGUGCACCCGCCCACACAGUCGAAAACAAAAGUGUUUUCGGUAUCCCACAGUAUUAUAUCGCGGCAACCGAUACUGGAACAGUUGGAAUCCGUUUGGCAGACCAUAAAUCAAUGUGGGUGGAUAAACAUACAAGCCAUGCAAUCGUUGGAGUCUCUGCUAAACACCGGCGGUUCUUUAUGGUUCGUCACGAAUAUAGUCAAAGAAGUGCUCAAAUAUCGCUAUCAAGAAGAACUGGAUCAAGCUGUGGAUCUAGCUUUUGCAAUCUUCCAUCUCGACAUAGAGAACUGCACUCUGGACCUUAUACAUUACAUAAUACCGCAGUACCUGCACAACUCGUUGCAGAGUGAUGAGCUUGUGGAACCGCAGUCGUCCAUCCUGGCAAAAUUGUGCGUGUAUUGUAUAUUCUCCACUUUGGAGUACAAUAACUCGAAUCCAUAUCAGAGGAACAGCCGUAAACGCGUGCGACGCGACCUGGACGCGGAAGACCUGGACGCGCUUGGCGUAUCCAAUAAGCUUCUGCGACUGAACGAAACAGGCGAGAGCGUUCCUAUGUUCAACUCGCAAAGUCCGCAGGCGCAGGGUUCGAAUAACGGGCAAAAGUCGGUUGUCGUUCUCAGGGAUCCGCUUAUGACGGCGUUGAACAAUCUGUUCACCAUAUUCGCCUUUCUAGCCGGUAGAGACGGCGAGGUGUCCCAACAGACUCAUUUCAUACUCCAGUUCCUGCGGCUUAUGGUGGAGUGCGGGAAAGACAGAACUCGCAUCGUGCUACAGGGAAUGCCGCAAACACUGGUACCUUGCCUUCUCAAAGCAUUGCCCGAGUUAUUCACGACUGAUAUUCUGCUGAGAUUGUACGACAUACAAACCAUGAUCGGGCGCAAGGCCACCGCGCGAGAUCUAUGCAUGUUGCGGAAUAUUAAUCUGAAGCCUACAAAAUAAAGUCACAAUUAUCGUAAAAUAGAGAAUGCAUCUUUUCACAUGGAUAAUAUUGACGAACAAAUACAUCAGUUUUAUAUAUAUAAAUAUCUAUAUAAUGUACACAAAUAUUAUCCUCUAAAUUCUUAUGGCACUUGUACUGCUAUAUUAGCAGGAUAACUGACAAUGGCAAUGUAAUUGUACAUUAAGCGUCUAAAUGCCUUUAACAGCUUAUACAGAAAUAUUACUGUAUGGGGCAAUCUUUUGCGCCAUGGUUUACAUGUUUGUAUGUAAUAGCAUAAAUAAAUAAUUAUGUUCAAUAAU